AUGAGUUUGGCUCAGCCCGAAGAUGCCGCCUCGGUGCUCGAGCAAUUCGUCCACGAUGUCGCCAACAUCCCCGCCGAAGUGACUCAUCUAUUAGAAGAGAUUCAAGCCAAGGACUUGCAAAUCCAAGCAUUCAAAGACGAAAUCAACAAACGAGAUACCCAACUACAAAAAUGGGUUCGAACCAACGGUGGUCAUGUCGCAAAUCCCAAAGAGGAUGCCUUUUCCAACAUCAUCAACGACUGCUACGACAAAUGCGACAUUCUUCAAGCUGAGAAAUCUGGCCUCGCGGAGAAGGCUGUCAUUGUUCUCGAACGACAGAUCAAACGACUCGACAUCGGCUUGCGUGGUCUAGCCAACACUGAACAGUUUCCUGCAGAUUGGAAUGGACCAAGUAUGCUGAAGAAAGAUGGUAACGGUACCAGCAUCUCUGCCGCAAUUGGCGGCGCCGCCGUCGAUGGGUCUACCGAUUCAAAGAAAUCUACCACUGGACUACCCUUACAAGUGGUCAGUGGGAAUGCCCCUGGUGGCGCAAACUCCAGCGGUGGAGGUCCCGCCAUCGCCAACGCCGCACAACUACGACUUGCACAAAACACCGCGGGCAGCGCAAGGUCGAAUAGCGUAAGCGGUGCCUCGACACCAUCUUCCGUCCCGCGCGCCCAACGAGAAGGCAGUAGCGAAGCAAACAAACGCCGUCGCCUGAACGCAUCUCUCGGAUCUCUCCCAGCAGCAUCAAGCAAUCUCCGCCAAUCCUCCCUCGGGCCUGGAACACCCAAAGCUGGUACACCAGUCCCCGCAGGCGGCGCGACCAACAAAUCCUCUCGCGCCGGCUCCGCUCAACCUCCCGCCCAAAAGAAAGCUGCGCCGGGCACUACGCCCCAACCUGCCUCCGCCAACCGCAAACUCGCACCGCCGCCCUCCUCCCGGAACCGCAACCGCUCCCGGCCGAAGAAAACCGGCGACCGCCGCCGCCAACUGGCCCGCGACCGCAAUGCCUCCCCCACCACCAACGCCUCCCCGUCGAUCGGCUCCGUUUCGGAAGACGAAGACGACUCGGCAUCCUCGGUGCACGUCAACGACGACGGCGACGACGAGACGCUGUACUGCCUAUGUCAGAAGGUCAGCUUCGGCGACAUGGUGGGCUGCGACAAUGAUGACUGCGAGUAUCAGUGGUUCCAUUAUAACUGCGUCGGGGUCACGGAGGAACCCAAGGGUGAAUGGCUGUGUCCGACAUGUAGGAAUAUGCCGAGGAAUAAAUUGAAGAUCUCUAAGGAGGAGAAAUAG